GAUUAGUAUAUAUUUAGUCAACAAAUAGUAUGAAUUGAAGCACAACUUUGAGCGCUAUUUUCUAUAAUAUUUGUAUUAAAUAUCAUAUCAUUUGUUUGAUUGAAUUAAUUGAAUACACAUUUAAUAAGAAAAUUGUUUGAAAUGUCAUCUCAAGUGACACUCAAUGAGUACGACAACUACGAGACACCCAAAGAGGUAUAUCAGAGACUGAUCCAACUGAUCAACAAUCAAAUGAAUAGUCCACAAGUAUUACCAUACAAUGAAUUGGUCAUCGAGUGUGUGAUUGAACAGAUCCAACACAUGACAGAAAAUUUGAAGCGUUUGUCCUCCAAAUUGGAUCAGUUCUGUAUUGAACAACACACCACUGAAUUGUCGAGAUUGAGUUACGCAUCUCAUCAAUACUUAAGAGUCAGACUCAAUAAGAUUGAACUCAACUCCAAUUGGCUGAUCCAGACUUUGCAAACAAAUUACAAAUUUGUCGACAAGUUGUUGUCGAAGAAUGAAAUGAAAUAUUUAGAUAAUUAUGUGACGAGUGUUGACACAUAUCUCAAUCAAUCAGUUUUGGGUCGAUUGCCAUUCAAUCGGACAUCUAUUAUGAACUAUAAGACCAUUGAUUUGCCUAACAAUGAUGACAAUCAAUGGCAUAAAACUUAUGUCUUUGUUAAAGCCAUGAAAGCGACACAAGUGUUGGUCGACGACGCCAGUGGUCAGCAAACUGUCCACUUGGAUGCCAAUAGUCAGCAUUUCUUGCCUUACACUGCUGUCAGACGUCACCUAAUGAAUGAUUCUCAAGAUUUACAUCUUUUAUAA